CGCUUGUCCCAAACAAGCCGCACGGGGAGAGGAGUCAGUGAUUGGGGAUUGGCUGCUGUUCCCACUGUCACAAAGCAUCAACAGCAUGAAGUGCCCAAUGAAUACCUUCUGCGCUACCGACCUGUCUCAAUGUGAUUAUGCGCUUCUCCGCACUUUGCCCCAGCGCGGCAUGAGCUUUGACACUAAGCGCUCCCACCCAAGACGGACUUCACGCCACCUCGUCGAACAUGCAGAGCUACGGUCCAGGCCAGCGCCUCAUGCCUCGCGUCCCGUGCCUGUAGUGUACUUUCGCCUAAAUGCAGAGCCGUCCUGCCGGCUCAGGGGGUCGAGGAUCGUAAAUGGGUACACGAGGUCUGUCACAUGCUUGGACAGCGGUCAUGAAUCAUAAAGCAUGGCGGCACAGAUUCAGUUGCUUGCAAGUUAUUAGCCAUGAGACAUCAUUGCCUCUCAAGUCUCGUGCUGACAUCGGCCUUCGUUCCGCACGGAGACCUUCCGCAUCAGCAGAAUCGGUAGGGAUGC